AUGUCGUCUUUGGAGGCCAAGAUUGUGGUCCUUGGCGCCCAGGGCGUGGGCAAGACUUCCCUCGUCAUGCGCUUCUGCAAAGGCGCCUUCAACUCGUCCCAGAUCACGUCGACCGUCGGCGCAAGCUUCCUGACCAAGCGCGUCGUCGACAACGACACCGACACCAUGGUUCGACUGCAGAUAUGGGAUACAGCUGGCCAGGAACGGUUCCGAUCCAUAUCUCGUCUGUACUACCGCGGCGCAAACGCCUGCAUCCUCUGCUACAGCAUCACCGACGCGCAGUCGUUUGUCGAAAUGGGCGCCUGGCUCAACGAGCUCCGGCGCAACCUGCCCAGCGACGUGGUCCUGCACGUCGUCGGCACCAAGGCCGACAUCGUGGCCCGGGACCCCUCGGCCAGGCAGGUCCCCUUUGAGCGCUGCAUCGCCUACGUCGCCGAAAACCUCGCCCCGGGCCUGGGCAGCACGCCGCCCCCGACGGCCACCUCCCACAGCGGGCUGCCCGGCUCCGCGCCCGCGCCCGCGCCCAACGUGGUCGAGCCGCGCACGCCCAGCUCCAAGCGCAGCUCCGGCUUCUGGGCCCAGGAGGUCGGCUGGGACGCCUGCCACGAGAUCAGCGCCGAGAGCGGCGAGGGCGUCGAGGAGGUCUUCCGCGUCGUGGCCAGGAAGCUGGUCGAGCAGAACCGCAAGAUGCAGCAGGCGCUGCUGCUGGCCACGGCCAGCCCCGGCACCCCGGGCUACGAGGCCGGCAUGGAUGGCGGCUACUUUGACGGCGUCAACCCGCGCGGCAGCUUCCGCGUCGGUCGCGACCGGAGGAGCUGGCUGUUCUCCCCGGCCUUCUCGCCGGCCGUCACCGUCGACAGGAACGGCGCCACACCGCAGGGUCGCGACGACGCCGACGACGCCGCCAAAGCCCGCCGCCGGUGCUGCUAG